AUGACAUACCAGGGGAGGGGGCGGGGGUCCCGUUGGGGGUCCGGGUGGGGGUCCCUUUGGGGGUCCCGCCCCCCACCCGAGGGCGGCCCGACCCCCCGCCAGGUGCUGAGGGGGCUCCGACACAGCGAGCAGGCGCUGCGCCAGCGGCAGGCCGCCCUGGAGGCCCGAAUCCAGGCCCAACUCGCCCUGGCCAAGAAGCACCGCCCCAACGACCGGACAGCUGCAUUACAGGCCCUGAAGAGAAAGAAGCAAUUUGAGAAACAGUUGUCUCAAGUUGAUGGGCUACUUUCCACCGUUGAGUUCCAGAGAGAAGCCCUGGAGAAGGCCCACACCAACACGGAAGUGAUAAGGAACCUGGGCUUUGCUGCAAAAGUCCUGAAAGCAGUUCACGAGCCUAUGGAUUUAAACAAAAUAGAUGACUUGAUGCAAGAGGUCACAGAACAACAAGAUCGUGCCCAAGAAAUGGCAGACGCGUUUUCGCAGAGAGUUGGAUUUGGUGACGAUUUUGAUGAGGACGAACUGAUGGCAGAACUUUUAGAAUUGGAGCAGGAAGAAAUGAAGAAGACGAAGAGCGUCAGACUUCCAAGUGUGCCAUCUCCCUCUCUGCUCCCUGCGCCUUCAAGACUGCCCAGCGGACCCUCCGCUUCCCGACAGUUUCAAGGUGCAUCCUCCAAAAGAACGGAAGAGGAUGGCGAUGUGCAUCAGCUGGCAGCCUGGGCCUCUUAAAAGCCAACUACAGUACACACACAGGCAUAAUCCGCCGAGCUGUGUAAAUUUUUGGAAUGCAUGUUUACCAUAAUUAAAAACUCAUUUGCACCCUCUUUGAUGUCGACACCAAGACAAGUAGGUAGUUUUCCCCUGCCUUUGGGCUAGUUCUGCUGACAUUCAGGACUCUAUCUCUAGCACAUACAUCAUGCAAACAUACAGGGAAGUAGAGGAGUAUAGUAUCAGGCAUCCAGAUCACACCAGCACGUUGACUGUCGAACUGAAUGCAAAGAGUUCGUUCGGCAGUAAAACAGUCGGGGCAUGUUUGGCCCCUGAAAAUAUAUAUCUAUGGUUUAGGGGUACAUAUAUAGAAGCACAACAAUUUUUGCAUUAGAAUGGGGGUUUAAAGGAGUUAAUGCAGCUUCCAGCUGCUUACCUUACUCCCAGCAAGUACCUUACACUGGUGUGUAUUCAGUUUAUUAUGCGCUGUGUCAUUAAGUGCCUUACAAAUUACCAAAUUCUACUUAUUGAGAGCUUUCUGUGUGCAGAGUACUGUACUACGUGCUUGGGAGAGGACAGUAUAGCAAUA